GUGUGGAUGAUCAAGUGUGGAAAGACAUUCUAAACAGUUAUUGAUCGAAAAUGUGUACAAAGAUCUUCGCUUUCAGCUUAUUUGUUACAAGCUGUAUCGCAGCACCUUUUAAAAAUAUUCAAAACAGUACAGGAUUUCAACAAGGAUUGUGCCAGAUGGGUGGUUUUAUUAGUCAUUACGUUUACAAUGGGUUAACAAUGAAAGAUGAAGACUUCCAUUUUUUGCAAAAUUGUGAGACGAAAAAUUGCGUUGGAGGUAUUGAAAAUAUGGGACUCAUGUAUGCUGAAAAUAGGGAGGAAAAGAUGUUAAUCCUGCUUCAUAUUCGAAUGAAAAAAGAUGCCUGUUGGGGAUUUGUUUUACAAGUUACCGAUGAUUUGGAACAAAAUAGUUAUUACUUUUUUGGAAAACACGUGUCAACCUUCACCAAAGAAAUUUACUUCCGCCUCGGAUUCAGAUACAACUUUACUGUGGUGCCAUUGCCAACUGGAACACCAUUAACAAUCUUGACAAAAGCACCUACGGCAUGUGAAUUGGAAGUGCUUCGAAAUAUAAAUGAAAGAUUACAGAAGAAAACGGGAUUAUUUGAAAACUGUCACCCUCCAAAAUACAGUGAAAGAAGAGAAGUUGCUGAAAGAAUUUGUAAGUUAUCACGAAAUGCCAGGAAGCGAUUAAGGUUGACGAAACAUUUAAAAGAAGAAAAUUGCAAGUUUGUACCUCUGGUCGGUAAAGUUACAAUAGCUUGACAUGUAAAAGCGAAAAUUAUUUUCAAAGAGAGUUCUCGCAACUUGAAAACUUUUAUUUUUAAUAUUGAACAAUUGUAAUUUGUUAUAUGUAA